UCCUCAUUGUGUGCCAAAUACAUUUUGUACUAACAUUAUGUCUGAAUAUUUGGAUGCAGACAUGUAAGUAGUCCACACUCAGUGUUGUUGAGGUACGAUUUAGUUGAUAGGCAACAGGGAGGGAUGACAGUUAAUACAGGUGCAAUGUGUUUUGUGGCAACCAUGCAUUCUUGUAAAGCUAGCUCUAGUGUUUACACUCGCUCCAAGGGAGACAGUCUGCUUUCCCCAAGAGGGCAACAACUUGGCCAUAUCUCACUAGGCAGGAUGAACCAUUAUCAGCAGUAUCUCUACGGAGGUAGACGCUACUCCGCCUCCCCAUUCCCCCCGCAGCGCCACAUCAGCAGCAUGCCUGGCCAGUUCUCCACCAGCGAUGCCCCCCUCUCUGGGCUCCUCAUGCCUCCCUCCACCCCUACAUGGGGCCCAGCCUCGGGCCCGGCCCCUGCCCCCGCCCCGGGCCUACUGGUGCACCCCUUCCACUUCCGGGCGCGCACGGAGCCCGUGGACUGGCGGCGCAUCGGGGCGCUGGACGUGGACCGUGUGGCGCGCGAGAUGGACAUCGGACUGCUGCAGGAGUAUAUCACGGCCGUCACCUUCUGCGACGUGAGCGCCGAGAGGUGCCCGCACUGCCGCAACGGCGUGGACCCGGCCCUGGUCAAGGUGCUGCGCAUGUCUCAGCUCAGUACUGAGUACCUGCUGCACUGCCAGGACUACCUGAGUGCCCAGCUGUGCGGCGCGGAGGAGCGGCUCCAGGGGACGCUGUCUGCUGUGGAGCGCGAGGCCGAGGAGAAGGCCAAGAUGGAGGCCGAGCUGCAGGCCGCACGCCUGGAGGUCAAGAGGAGGAAGAAGAUGAUGGCCACGCAGCAGCUCAUCCUGCACGCCACUGCCAACCACUACCACAAGUGCCAGCAUUGUGAGAAGUCGUUUGUCAACUACUCGUAUCUUCAGGCGCAUCAGCAACGAAGGCAUCCAGAGGCGACAGAAGCAGAGGUGCAGAAGAGGAGGCAGCUGGAGCAGGUGGAGGGGGGCAUUGAGGAGUUGAGGGAGCGGCUGAGGAUCAGCCAAGCCGCCCUGGACGCCGAGAGGGAGGCCGACACGCUCCGCAGGAACCAGGAGGUGGAGGAGCAGCGGCGGAGGGAGGCCCAGGAGCGCGCGGAGCUGGAGCGCUGGAAGGACGAGGAGAGGAGGAAGGUCUACGUGGAGAUGGCCGACCUCAAACAGCUCUUCCUGCAGGAGCUCCGAGACGUGGCCAGCAAGAACUCCAACAUUGAGGCCAAGCUGGAUGCGCUGCAUAGGAGGGAGGUGCCGGUGGCGGCGGCCGCGUCGGUGCCCGAGGUGGUGUGGUCCAUGGACGUGGAGGAGCUCCAGAGACAGAGAUCGCAACGAGAAAACGAGAUGAUGGACAGGCUCGCACGACAGAAGAGUGAAUAUAAGCAACGCGUGAAGGAUCUGCAGAGCAAGUAUGAGCUGGAGAAAGCAGGGCUGAGGAGAGAGAAUGACAAGCUCCACCGCGCGGCGUCCGAGGGCCAGAGUUCCGGAAUGCAGCGGCUGCAGCAGCAGCUCAACAGCCUCUCCUCCCAACUGCACAGCAAAGACAAACUCAUACGUUCACAGGAGGACAAGAUUAAGAAGUUAUCUUUGAAGCCAACAACAGCACCAACGCCACCUGUGAGACAGGACGCUCUGAAGUCAGAGGAAGAGGAAGAAGAGUGGGAGGAAGAGGAAGAUGAAGAGGAAGUGCUGAGGGCGAUGGCCAAGAGGCGCCAGAGCCGACAGUCUCUGAGGACGGACCCCAACCUGCUGCGGGACUUCAAGCCCAUCCUGAGGGAGAGUCUGGAGGACAGACUGGAGGACAUGGGGCUGAAGAAGGGUACCAAGGGCAUCUCCAAGCAGACUCUGAGGAGCCUGAGCUCCUUGCUGGAGAGGCAGCGUGUGCAGGAGGGCAGGAAGGACCCCUCGCUACAGGCCCGGAGGGAGCAGCUGCAGGCCGAGGUCAAGCGCCGCAUGCAGACCGCCCGACACAGGAGCCAGAGCCAGGGCCAGAACACGGCCAGAGCCACCACCACAGCCACCCAGAAGCGAAAGACAGAUGCUGGCGGUUCCAAGGAGAGGCAUGUGAAGUCUAAACCCACCAUGGUGAUGUCCGCUCCAAAACAAAGGAAGAGUCCAGCACAGCCUCCUCAGCCUACCCCACGAGCCAAACAGCAGCAGACGACGCACACACAAGUUAAGAAGAGCAGCACCCCUCCCUUCAGCUCGGACGAGGACGAGGACUCGGUAGGAGACAGCGCCUACAUCACCAGCCCCACUAGGCCCACAGCUGCGGUCCGGCUGGUCCAGUCGGGCCCUCCUCCGGUGCCUCAGCAGAACCCCACGCAGGGCCAGUCCAGCGCACCGCCCACCGACGACUGGUCCGACUCCGACAUCUCCGAAGAGGUGGCAGGGAACGGCACCAGGCACAGUCUGACUGCCCAAGGGUCGGUGGUCCAAACGCUGACGAGGAGUCUGGAGCGGCAGCUGACGUCUCCAAUGAGCAAGCCUCCUGGAGGGGUACGAGUAGUCCCGCCCUCCUCCACGCCCAACACCUCCCACUCCAAGACUGUGGUGAAGAAACUUCAGAUGUCCGAUGAGGAAAGUGAUAUGGAGCUGUCGUCCAUAGAGGAGGUGUCUGCUGAGCCGCUGGGUUCUGGUUUGGGGGGGGGGGGGGGGGGGGUGGGGGUGCGCAGGAGCUCGGACAUGGGGGGCACGUCGGGAACCAGCGUCUGGAGCUCCUCCACCAGCCGCCAGGGGGGGUGGUCCACCCACUAACACCCCACCCCUUCCACCAGCCGCCAGGGAGGAUGGUCCACCCACUGAGGACAUCAAGCCCCUCCCCCCUUCCACCAGCCCCUCCCUUCCACCAGCCGCCAGGGAGGAUGGUCCACCCACUGAGGACAUCAAGCC